GGCAGGGACUUGUCCAGUGGGUGGGAGCCCAACACCCCUUUCUGGCUCCUCAGCUUGGGAUCCGGCAUCCAUCUCCGGAGGCAGGGUCCACGAAGAGGGGAGGCGUCCGGCCGGGGUCCGGAGCAGCCGCGGAGGACCGCGCUCGACCAGCCCGGCAGGCUAGGCGGCGCCCCGCCCCGCGCACACGCUGUCGCAAGUCAGCUGGACGGCGCGGGUGUUCACGUGACGGGGGGCGGCGCCCAGCGAGCCAGCGGGCUGGUGGGCGAGAAGCAAGCCGAGGGACCUCGGGCGGCGUUAGCACGGGCAUGGCCGCGCUCUACGGGGGUGUGGAGGGGGGAGGCUCACGGUCCAAGGUCCUUUUACUCUCAGAGGAUGGGCAGAUCCUGGCAGAAGCAGAUGGACUCAGCACAAACCACUGGCUCAUCGGGACAGACAAGUGUGUGGAGAGGAUCAACGAGAUGGUGAACAGGGCCAAACUGGAAGCAGGGGUGGAUCCUCUGGUCCCUCUACGAAGCUUGGGCCUGUCGCUGAGUGGUGGGGAGCAGGCGGACGCACUGAGGACCCUGACGGAGGAGCUGAGGGAGCGAUUUCCCCACCUGAGUGAAAGCUACUUCAUCACCACGGACGCCGCGGGCUCCAUCGCCACAGCCACGCAGGCUGGUGGGAUCGUGCUCAUCUCUGGGACAGGUUCCAACUGCAGGCUCAUCAACCCCGAUGGCUCUGAGAGCGGCUGUGGCGGCUGGGGCCACAUGAUGGGGGACGAGGGCUCAGCCUACUGGAUUGCACACCAAGCAGUGAAAACGGUGUUCGACUCUAUCGACAACCUAGAGGCGGCUCCUCAUGACAUUGGCUACAUCAAACAGGCGAUGUUCAGCUAUUUCCAGGUGCCAGAUCGGCUAGGAAUCCUCACCCACCUGUAUAGGGACUUUGAUAAAUGCCGGUUUGCUGGGUUUUGCCAGAAAAUUGCUGAAGGUGCUCAGCAGGGAGAUCCCCUCUCCAGGUUUAUCUUCAGGAAGGCUGGGGAGAUGCUGGGCAGACACGUGGUGGCAGUGUUGCCUGAGAUUGACCCGGUCUUGUUCCAGGGGGAGAUGGGCCUCCCCAUCCUGUGUGUGGGCUCUGUGUGGAAGAGCUGGGAGCUGCUGAGGGAAGGUGACUGACUCAGUAGGUCAAGGAAGAGGUGGAAAUGUUCAUGUCUACCGAAUACCUCGGGUGAUCGGUGUUGCAGAGGUCCAGGAUCUGCACUUGAGGGAGCCCUACCCUAUAGCUUUUGAGUGCUGAUUAAGCCCUUGAAGAGGUCUUGGAUACUUGUUUCUCAAGUCAAAUGACACUUCUUCCCCAGUGUAGAACUGUGGCAGUGGCUCUCCUCCCAUUAGCCCUAGCCCAACACAAGCAGCCAGCGUUUUGAGCAGUAAGAACUCAAGCCAAGUCGCUUCUGUGGAGACAGCCAGCCACCUUCACAUCUCCUGUGGUCCAAAUCACUAGGGGCCAGCUCUCAGCACGUCCCAUACAUCUCCUGGUAAAAAGCUUGCAAAGAGAAGGACAUAGAGGAGAUGUCUUUGCUAUAUCUCACAGUCCUCAGAACACUUUUUAAUGUCAGGGAGCUUUGAAGAAGUUUUUUGGUUUUUUUUGUUUGUUUGUUUGUUUUGUUUUUUUAAGAUUUAUUUUAGCACACAGCGAGAGGGGCAAAGGAAGAGGGAGAGAGAGACUCUCAAGCAGACUUC